AUGAUACCAACCUCUUCAAACAGUUCUAAUUUGGGCUUGAAUUCGAUUGUUUCAACUCUUGUUAACGGUUCAUCCAAUCGUCCAUCACCUCAAGCCGCUGCUGCUAUAGUUUCUAGUCUACAAAACUCUCCUUCACCUGUCCAUCUUCUUCCGAACAUAACCGCAUAUCAGCCAGGGAAUCAGCCAUCUUCGAUAUCAUCACGCCUGAAAGUGGAGGAUGCACUCAAUUACCUGGACAAGGUGAAAAACCAAUUUUCACUGCAGCCACAAGUCUAUAAUCAAUUUUUGGAUAUUAUGAAAGAGUUUAAAUCACAAUCAAUCGAUACGCAAGAAGUUAUCAAUCGAGUGUCAAGACUGUUUCAUGGUCAUCCAGAUUUGAUUGUUGGUUUUAAUACAUUUCUUCCUCCAGGUUAUAAAAUUGAAGUAUCUGACGAUCAUCCAUCAUUUAUUCAAGUUACACAUCCGUCGUCGCGUACAGAAUCAAUAACAAUCGGUGGUAAUGGUACAACAACUACAAACUAUAGCCUUUGUAUAACAACACCAAAUUCUGCUACACCCACAUAUCAUUCAAAUAUAAUGAAUACAAUUAAUCUAUCAUCGAGAAUAAUAACAUCACCAUUGAGACAAACAGCAAAUCUUUUGCUUCAACAAGAUGAAGAUGAGACAACAGUGUCAUCAUUUGAUCCUCUGUCAACUACAAAUUCAUUUGCUGCACUUGGCCAAGUGACAUUACGACCACCAACACCUUGUGCCGUUGUACCAUCAAUUGGUAGCAGUAGUACCUCACAAGCUGUCAAUGCUCUAAUUUCCGCCGCUACAUCAUCACCUACGUUAAAUAUCACCAAAGGAAAAGAAAAAUCCCAACAACUGCCAUCUCAGCAAACGAAUACACCAACAUCGGCAACAAGUACAACGCCCAUUCCUACAAGUACAUCAAAUUCAAAUUCUGGACAACCUGUCGAAUUCAAUCAUGCAAUCAACUACGUUAAUAAAAUCAAAAAUCGUUUUCAUCAACAACCCGAUAUAUAUAAACACUUUUUAGAAAUACUUCAUACUUAUCAGAAACAACAGAAAGAUGCUAAAGAAUAUGGGGGUGGCAACGCACUUGGCGCAUUAAUGUAUUCGUCCCAUGGCGGUAGUCCAUCAAGCGGUCAAACGCCACUACUAUCUGAAACAGAAGUUUACGCUAAAGUAGCUCAGCUGUUUACAAAUCAUGAAGAUUUAUUAGUAGAAUUUAGUCAGUUUUUGCCGGAUGCUACACAACAACCAAUGGAGCGUACAAAUUCAAUAUCUGAUAUCUUAUCAUCCUCAGGUGCGACGCCUCCAGCAUUUAUUUCAACACCAGUUUCUACUAUACCAAAAAUAAUCACAAAUAAUCCAGUUUCAUCUGCCUCAAUUUUGUCAACAACAACAACAACAAGUACAAUCAGUUCAUCGUUUUUGACCACAGCACCAAAUAUUACCUCGACAACGGCACCAUCAACAAGUUGUCUGCUGACUCCGUUAACUUCACUUGCUAUUUUAUCGUCGGCUCCAUCAUUCAGUCUUGCUUCUUCGUUAUCAACAUCUACCGUCAUACCACCAAUAGUUUCAUCAUUAACACAAGCCGAAACAAUUGCUCGACCUAAAACACCAACAACGACGAUCGCUAAUACUAGUUCUGCAUCAACUAUAGUCGCAAGUACUAAACGGGCGAGUACAACCAGCCAACGUCAAACACCAACAAAUACGAGCACAAACAAGUCUACACCAAGUAGUAAACGUCCAGCAUCAUCUAAACCACUAGCCACUGUCAAAAAGAAACGUUUAUCAUUAACAAAUAUCGGAAACGGUGUUAAUAUUGGUGUUUCUGGUAGUAAUACGGUUGAUUCAACUGGACAAGUGAAAAAAAUGCCAACGAUUGAUGAAGUAGCCUUCUUUGAUAAAGUACAAAAAACAUUGCGUAGCCCACUUGUAUUUGAUAAUUUUCUUCGUUGUAUAUUAUUAUUUACAAAACGAAUAAUUACAAAAGUCGAAUUAGUUGAAUUAAUUCAAUCAUAUUUAGGUCAUUUCCCAGAAUUAUUACGAACGUUUCAAGAGUUAAUCAAUAUAAGAGAACCAGGUGAAGUGAUUAUACCAAAGAGUAUUUCUGAUCCAAAUGAUGGUUUAAUUGAUAUUGAUUACUCAUCAUGUACACAACAAGGCACCAGUUAUCGUGCUGUACCAAAAUCAUAUAGUCCGCCACAGUGUAGUGGACGAACACCAUUGUGUCGAGAGGUGUUGAAUGAUACAUGUGUUCUAUUUCCUACGUUUACUGAUGAAUCGUCCUCCGUUGCUGCAAAAAAAACUGUAUUCGAAGAACACAUGUACAAAAUAGAAGAUGAAAGAUUUGAACUUGAUAUUGUUAUGGAAGUGAAUUUAAGUACUAUAAGAGCAUUAGAAAGCGUUCAGAUGCAUAUGAAUACAAUGACACAAGAUCAGCUGAAUACAUUUCAAUUAGGUGAAGAACUAGGCGGUCAAUCGGCUUUUACACAACGACAAGCCAUACAACGAAUUUAUGGUGAACGUGCAAAUGAAAUCAUUGAUGGUUUAAAACGAAAUCCACGAGUAGCUGUACCCAUUGUACUUAGACGACUGAAAUCGAAAGAUGAAGAAUGGCGUGAAGCAAAAAAGAAUUUUGAACGAUUUUGGAAAGAACAAUCGGAAAAAUUCUAUUUGAAAUCACUUGAUCAUAUGGGUAUUAAUUGUAAAAAUAAUGAUGCAAGAAUAAUUCGAAAUCGCCAUCUAUUAAAUGAGAUAGAAAAUGUUAGAACAGACCGCGAACAACAAUUCAAUUCAAAUAUAACCCAACCACAUUUAAGUUUCCGUCACGAAGACUUAUCGAUAUUAGAUGAUGCUGCAUCAUUAAUUGUAUUUCUCGUUAAAAGGCAAGUGGGCUUUGGAAAAGAAGAUAAACAAAAAAUCAAAGAAAUUAUGUAUCAAUUUCUCCCCGAUUUUUUAUUCUCACCACGUGGCGAUUUAUCGGAUGAUGAAGAAGACGAUGAAGAUGAAGAACCAGAAAAUAACAACAACAAUAAUAGAAAAGACAAGAAAUCUCGUCCAAUGCGUCAUCAUACAGAUGCAAAUCGUCGACGAAAUACUGAAUCUGUUUCAAAACCAAAAGCAAUACCACAACAGACAGCGGAUGAUAUGUAUCGUUUAUUUUUGGUAAAUGAUAAUUGGUAUUAUUUUUUUCGUUUACAUCAAUUAUUAUGUGAACGUUUACUGAAAAUUUAUCAACAAUCAUUACGUUUAAUUGAACAAGAAUCAAAAGAGUUGAAAGAUAAUAGUAACAAUAGAAAUAGAACAUCAACAGCCACACUACUGAGACUUUCAAAUAAACCCAGCGUACCCGUUGAAGAAUUCUACAUCACUUUUUUGGAUAUGGUUCGUAAUUUAUUAGAUGGUAACAUGGACGGUUCUUCGUACGAAGAUUCACUACGUGACAUGUUUGGUAUUCAUGCUUAUAUAGCAUUCACAAUGGAUAAAAUCAUACAUAACUGUGUUAGACAGUUACAUUCAAUCGUUCAAGAUGAAGCGUCAGUUAGCAUUAUGGACCUAUAUUUGAGAAAUAUUCAACUAGGUGUGAAUAUUGGGCUUGUUGAUCAUUUGUUUUCAACAUCACAACAAAAUUCAGAGUUGAGUUAUCAAAAAGAAAUUGAACCGUUCACUGACAACAACCGAUUUUUCAGAAUAUGUUCAUAUAAAAAUGACCGACGUGUAACAACAACACUGAUUGUGAUCGAUUCAUCCGACGAUGAGGAAGAUGAAAAAACAUUUGAAAAUUGGUCGCGUUACAUUGACAAUUAUCUACAGACUAAUAAUAACACGGACGAAAAUUUGAAUGAACGAAUACGAAUACGAUUAAGAAAGAAAUCGAGAUUUUUACUCAGAAAUCUUCGAAAAUCAUCAUCUCGAUCGGAUUCAGUUGUAACGAAGCAAGAGAAUGAAGAGCAACCACAAACAAACAUUACUCCUACGACGACUGAACAACACAACAAUGAUUACUGUAUAGUAGAACGAAAAAAUUUAAAACGUACACCUUAUCAUAAAGCUGGAUUUACUUACUACAAACGAGGAGCAUUACGAGCAGCAAAACAGUGCCACAAACGUGUUUCGGUAGCGCAUUACGAACGAUUUUCUAAAUUUUAUAAAAAAUGGGUAAUGCAAAAUAUUCCUGAUAAUAAUGAUGACGAUGCAGACGACGAGGUAGAUGAUAACACCGGUGGUGAUUUGUGCUUGGAAACGUAUCAUCGUCCUGAUGCUGGAUGGGCCGAUGAACAAGUGCAUCUCAUUUCAUCCAUAACAGGUGAAGAUAACUUUGAUGUAAAUAGACCUCCCUAUCGGCCUUAUCGACGUUAUAUGCUUGCCGGAAAUCAAAACUUACAGUCAUUUCCUUCUUAA